GCGUCGGGAAGAUGGCGCUACUUCUGCUGCGGAGGGCGGCGCGCGGAGCGGCGGCUGCGGCGCUGUUGAGGCUGAGAGCGUCUCUAGCAGCUGAUGUCCCCAGGUUUGGAUAUAGUUCCUUAUCUAGUCACAAGUAUGUCCCCCGGAGGGCAGUGCUUUAUGUACCUGGAAAUGAUGAAAAGAAAAUAAAGAAGAUUCCAUCGCUGAAUGUGGAUUGUGCAGUGCUCGACUGUGAGGAUGGUGUGGCUGCAAACAAAAAGAAUGAAGCUCGACUGAGAAUUGUAAAAACUCUUGAGGACUUUGAUCUGGGCUCUACUGAAAAAUGUGUGAGAGUCAACUCAGUUUCCAGCGGUCUGGCGGAAGAUGACCUAGAGACCCUUCUGCAAUCCCGGGUCCUUCCUUCCAGCCUGAUGCUACCAAAGGUGGAAAGUCCUGAAGAAAUCCAAUGGUUUGCAGACAAAUUUUCAUUCCACUUAAAAGGCCGAAAACUUGAACAACCAAUGAAUUUAAUCCCUUUUGUGGAAACUGCAAUGGGUUUGCUCAAUUUUAAGGCAGUGUGUGAAGAAACCCUCAAGAUCGGGCCUCAAGUGGGUCUCUUUCUAGAUGCAGUCGUUUUUGGAGGAGAAGACUUUCGAGCCAGCAUAGGUGCAACAAGUAGCAAAGAAACCCUGGACAUUCUCUACGCCCGGCAAAAGAUUGUUGUCGUAGCGAAAGCCUUUGGUCUCCAGGCCAUAGAUCUGGUGUACAUUGACUUUCGAGAUGGAGAUGGGCUUCUUAGACAGUCGCGAGAAGGAGCUGCCAUGGGCUUCACUGGUAAGCAGGUGAUUCACCCUAACCAAAUUGCUGUGGUCCAGGACCAGUUUUCUCCUUCCCCUGAAAAAAUUAAGUGGGCUGAAGAACUGAUUGCUGCCUUUAAAGAACAUCAACAAUUAGGAAAGGGAGCCUUUACUUUCCAAGGGAGUAUGAUCGACAUGCCGUUACUGAAGCAAGCCCAGAACAUUGUUACGCUUGCCACCUCCAUCAAGGAAAAAUGAUCUGUUCAAUGAAGCUCUCAUCAGGAUGAUCCAGAGAAGCCCUUGGCUAGAGGGGAUGAUGGGCCUGAAUUCCAGGCUCCACCCUGGCCCCACAAGCAGCCAGCCUGCCCCACACAGAGGGGCCUCCUCAAGGCCUCACUGACAGCCUCACCUCCCCACCCAGGAAGCCCUACAGACCUGGGGAAAAGCAGACCCCUCUACCAGGUCCCUAGCUGGUGCUGAGGCCAGACCAGCUAGGCCUCCCACUGCUGGUCACCCCUAGGCCACAGGUUUCUAGGUCCCAACCACAUGGGACUGCUUGCCACGCCCCUGCCCUCAUCCCAAACAAAACCACCUUUUUUAGUCUCCCCAAAUAUCCAGUUAUCAUCUUCCUACUAAGCCAGUGGUCCCAAUUAUGGUAGGAUCAUGAGACUAGGUCCUAUGAGAGCCACAAAUCUGGACUGAAGUCCCAUUCCCUGAACAGAGACCCAAAUGAGGAGGGCCCGAAGAGUCCAGUCCUGGUCAGAGACCCAGAGUGCCUUAGUCCUUGAAGGACAAAACUCCAGGAAGAAGAUGCUAGAAGGCAAAGGGUAUUCCCCCUCUUUCCCCACCUGAAUCUCUGUAGUGCCAUGGGUGGGGCAAGGUACCCUGGGAAGGGUGGGAGAGCAGCCGGGGGCAUGUGAGUCAUCUCCACUGGGCACGCCAGACACCCCGACAUGGGGAAAUGAGGGCUGCCAGACUCCUGAGCCAGGCGUGGGCGACAGGAAGAGGACCUUGCAGCUAAUCUGAUUAAUUAGAAACAAUACCUGUUUAUAUUUUGUGUAGCUCAUCACAAGCUGCUUAGCCAUAUCACCCCCCUGUUAUUAAUUCUUGGGGUCUAAAUUAUGGGUAACACUAUUAAAACAUUAUCAGAACUAAUGAGAAACAAUUACUUAGAAAAUGAGCCAGGACAAGAUUGAGUUGAGAACAUCAGUGGUGAUCACUGUGGAUUAGUUUAAUAAAUCAUCAGGUGCAAGGCAAGACUGACUGGAUGUAUGCAAAGCCCCGUCACGGGAAAAUGAAAUUGAGAUUUUUUUUUGCAUAAUUUUUUCAUUAAUCUCAAUAGGACCCGUGUGGUGUAGAUUGCUUUAUUCCCCUAAUACCUUGCCUGAGGGGGGGUGCCCAAUAAUGUCUUCAUUGUUUUACUGAGGUCUUAAUGACAAUCUGUGACAACCUCAUUUUAAUGUAUAGAGGAUUAUAUCAAUACAGUCAUGUUUUAUUGAAAUGGU